CAAAAACAAGUUAAAAUAUACUUUUAAAGUCGAAGGGCAUUACCAUAAUUUACUUACCUCACUCGCAUAAAACCGAAAACUCGAUUUCAAUGCUAAACUGAUAGAACGAUAAAGAAUCUAAUCAAAAUAUCCAAGAAUUAAUUACUGUACUACCACAAAUUCAAAAUGAAAUCUUCAUUAAAAUCACCCCUAAUCAUAAUGUUAUUUCUAUCAAUCUCCACGUGACUAGACCUCUCCAAAUUUAUUCUUAUAUUACAACCUAAACGUUUAAACCUUCCUAUCAUUGGCCAUUAGUGCGUGAAUAGUGCCCGUUAAUAGUACCCAUGAACAGUAUCAUGAACAGUGCCGUGAACGGUAACUACACUUCCAAAAUUGGCCAAAACACUAGCUAAUUUCACGGGAUUGUUCUCCAAAAUCUCACAGCAGUCAAUUAACACUCAAUUACAUAAAUUCCACUUGAAUUAAUGCUUAAUUUUAUCCUAAAGCUAUCGCAAUUCCUCCCCAAUUUUCAGCCAAAUUCGGACAUCACAAGGCAACAAAUUAAAUGGAUAAUUUCAAGCUUGGAGGAGCUGUCACAUACCAGAAUUUAACAAGCAAAACCGGACCUGGCGGGGGAGAAGAAGCCGGCGGCAAGCUGCAGGGGACUCACGGGAACCACCCAAAAUUGAAGGAACAAGAGGAACUUAGAGUAAUCCAACUUAAAUCAAAGCUAAAAGGAUGAAAUCAUGGCUGUUCUUACAGAAAAAAAGCCCAGAAUUUCGCAUCACCAACUGCAGCUCACGGACAGGGGAGGGGGAGAAACCGAGUAGAUCUGGAAUUCCUUGCUUUAGGGAGGGUUUCUAAGCUCCUAAAUCUUGUUCUUGGACAAGAAAAGAAGGGAAAAACCAAGCUUUCUCACUGGUUUUUCAAGAGGAGGCUGUCGGGCUUGGGGGCUUUCGGCUGCAGGGGAGAAGAAAAGAAGAGCAGAUGU